GGAAGGAGGGCGGAGCGGAGCCCGGGCUUGUUUGGGUCCGACGGGGCGGCGGAGAGAGACGCGGCCAUGGGGGUCCCCAAGUUCUACCGGUGGAUCUCGGAGCGGUACCCCUGCCUCAGCCAGGUGCUGAAGGAGCAUCAGAUUCCAGAAUUUGACAACUUAUACUUGGACAUGAAUGGCAUUAUACACCAAUGUUCACAUCCAAAUGAUGAUGAUGUUCACUUCAGAAUCUCAGAAGAUAAGAUUUUUGCUGACAUUUUUCACUAUUUAGAAGUACUGUUUCGCAUUAUUAAGCCAAGGAAAGUUUUCUUCAUGGCAGUUGAUGGUGUAGCCCCAAGAGCAAAAAUGAAUCAGCAACGUGGCAGACGGUUUAGAUCAGCGAAAGAGGCAGAGGACAAAAUAAAAAAGGCAUUGGAAAAGGGAGAAAUUCUCCCUACGGAAGCCAGGUUUGACUCCAACUGUAUUACACCAGGAACCGAAUUCAUGGCCAGACUGCACGAACAUCUUAAAUAUUUCGUCAAUAUGAAAAUUUCCACAGACAAAUCCUGGCAGGGAAUAACAGUCUACUUAUCAGGCCACGAGACACCAGGUGAAGGAGAGCAUAAAAUUAUGGAAUUCAUCAGAUCAGAAAAAGCAAAGCCUCAUCAUGAUCCAAACACAAGGCACUGUCUGUAUGGCUUAGAUGCUGACUUGAUAAUGCUGGGAUUAACAACUCAUGAGGCACACUUUGCGCUCUUAAGAGAAGAAGUCAGAUUUGGUGGUAAAAAAUCUCAAAGAGCAUGUGCACCAGAGGAAACCACAUUUCAUUUAUUGCACUUGUCACUGAUGAGAGAAUAUAUUGAUUAUGAAUUUUCACCAGUAAAAGACAAGAUUUCCUUUGACUACGAUAUUGAGAAGAUAAUAGAUGAUUGGAUCUUAAUGGGUUUCCUCGUAGGCAAUGAUUUUAUCCCUCAUCUACCUCAUUUACACAUUAAUCACGAUGCACUGCCGCUACUUUAUAGAACAUACAUGGCUAUCUUGCCAGAACUGGGAGGUUACAUAAAUGAAAAUGGGCAUCUGAAUUUAAAGCGCUUUGAGAAAUAUCUCACAAGAUUGUCAGAUUUUGAUCGUGAGCACUUCAGUGAAGUCUUUGUAGACCUAAAAUGGUUUGAAAGUAAAGUAGGCAAUAAAUACCUCAAUGAGGCAGCUGGUAUUGCAGCAGAAGAAGCCAGAAACAAUAAACAGAAGAAACGCAAGGCUCAGGAAAAUUCGCUCUGUUUGGCUGCUUUAGAAAAAAAUGAAGAUGAAGUUGUCACCUCUAAAACUGUUUUGGAAGAUGAACCAGAAGAUGAUGAUCUGUUUGAAACGGAGUUUAGGCAAUACAAGAGAACUUACUACAUGACUAAGAUGGGUAUAGAAGUAGUUUCUGAUGAUUUCUUGGCUGACCAAGCUGAAUGUUACGUCCAGGCAAUACAAUGGAUUUUGCAUUAUUAUUACCAUGGAGUUCAGUCUUGGAGUUGGUAUUAUCCUUAUCAUUAUGCACCUUAUCUGUCAGAUAUUCGCAACAUCAGUGAACUCAAAAUCCAGUUUGAACUGGGAAAACCUUUUAUGCCAUUUGAGCAGCUUCUUGCUGUACUACCAGCAGCUAGCAAAGAUCUGUUACCUAGAUGUUACCAGCAUUUGAUGGUUAGUCAAGAUUCUCCUAUUAUAGAAUAUUAUCCUCUGGACUUUAAAACUGACCUGAAUGGAAAACAGCAAGAAUGGGAAGCUGUGGUAUUAAUCCCAUUUAUUGAUGAGAAACGACUGCUGGAAGCCAUGGAAUCGUGUAAUAAGUGCCUAAAAGAAGAGGAGAAACGGAGAAAUGUUCACAGUGCUUGCUUGAUGUAUUGGUAUGACAAAGAUGCAGAGUUCCCGUACACGUCACCGUGGCCAGAGAAGUUUCCCGCAAUAGAAAGAUGCCAUACCAGGUACAAAACAAUACCUUUGGAUGCUUGGCAUGUAGAAAUCACCCACAACAAAAUAACUAAAAUCAACAAGAGUGCGUUAUAUUUUUGUGGGUUUCCUACCUUAAAGCACAUUAAACAUAAGUUCUACCUUAAAAAAAGUGGCGUACAAGUGUUUCAGCAAAGCAGCCAUGGAGAAAACAUGAUGUUAGAAAUCCUAACUGAUGAGAACUCAAAAGAGCAAACAGUGGAAAAUGUUGCCAGUUCAGUUCUUGGAAAGGUGGUUUUUGUUAACUGGCCGCACCUUGAGGAAGCCAGAGUUGUUGCUGUGUCAGAUGGAGAAACUAAGUUUUAUUUGGAAGAACCACAUGGAACACAGAAACUCUACAUGGGAAACGCAGUGCCCCCAACUAAAGUGACAUUUGUUGGAGAUAAGGAACAAAGCAUGUGGCUAAAAGAGGUUCAGGGUGUUUCAGAGCAUUAUCAGAGAAGAAAAGGAAUAAUUAUUCAUGAGACAUCAGUAGUUGUGUAUGCUCAGUUACUCACUGGUAAUAGAUAUCAGCUUAACCAGAAUGGCCAAGUUUAUUUGGAGAAGCAGUGGUCAAAACAAGCUCUUCCUUUUGUUUACCAAACUGUUGUCAAGGAUAUCAAAGCCUUUGACUCUCGCUUUUCGAACAUCAGAACUUUGGAUGAUUUAUUUCCACCUGGCAGUACAGCCUUUAUGCUGGGAUCUCCAUACUAUGGCUGCAUGGGAGAAGUUCAAGAUUCACGUGAUGUGAUACCAGAAGGUAGAAUUCGUGUAGUUUUCAGUAUUCCCUGUGAACCUCAGCUUGAUCGUCUAAUACAGAAUCAGCAUAAAUAUUCUGUGAAGUACAAUCCUGCAUACAUUUUGGCCAGCCGUCUUGGAGUAAGUGGAUAUCUAGUCUCCAGAUUUACAGGGAGUAUCUUUAUUGGAAGAGGAUCAAAGAAGAAUCCUCAUGGAGAUCACAAAGCAAAUGUGGGGCUAAACCUUAAGUUCAAUAAGAAAAAUGAAGAAGUUCCUGGCUAUACUAAGAAAGUUGGAAAUGAAUGGAUGUAUUCUUCUGCAGUUGAACAACUACUUGCUGAGUAUUUAGAAAGGGUCCCUGAACUGUUCAGUUAUAUAGCCAAGAAUAGCCAGGAAGAUAUAUUCUAUGAAGAUGACAUCUGGCCUGGUGAGGAUGAGAAUGGAGCUGAGAAAGUUCAAGAAAUUGUUGCCUGGUUGAAGGCACACCCUGUCUCUGCUUUAUCUCGCUCAUCUUGUGACUUGCAAAUUUUGGAUGCAGCUAUCGUUGAGAAAAUUGAAGAAGAAAUAGAAAAAUGCAAGCAGAGAAAGAGCAACAAGAAGGUGCGAGUAACUGUGAAACCCCAUUUGCUGUAUAGACCUUUAGAACAGCAGAAUGGAGUUGUUCCAGAUAGAGAUGCAGAGUAUAGGCUGUUUGACCGUGUUGUCAAUGUAAGAGAGAACUUCUCUGUACCAGUUGGUCUUCGAGGUACCAUUAUAGGAAUUAAAGGAGCCAGUAGAGAAACAGAUGUGCUCUUUGAAGUUUUGUUUGAUGAAGAAUUCCUUGGAGGCCUAACUAUAAGGUGCUCACCUGCCAGAGGUUAUCGUCUGCCAUCAAGUGCCUUAAUUAACCUGUCUCAUGGUGUUCGGUCAGAAAUGGGAAAUCAAAAACUGACGGCCAUAGUUAAACCUCAGCCAGCUGUGAAUAACUACAAUUCGUAUGCAUCUGAUCUGUCAUCUGUAUGCUCACAAAAAGUGCAUCUGGGAGGCCUCAACCAUUCCCCUCGCUCCCUUUUUGUUCCUACUCAACAGCUGAAUGGAAGACAGCAUUACAAUCUCAGGGCUGAAAAUCAGGGGACCUCCAACUCACCCCACAAAGGAUCGUUUCUGAGUAGCAAUCAGAAAAAUAAAGCACAGAAUAAGCAAGAUGAUGAAUUUUGCAGUAUAUGGCAAUCAUUGCAGGGUUCUGGGAAGUCUCACCAUGUUCAGCAAAACAUCCAUGAGAAGGGUGCAGUUCUACCUCAGGAAAUCAAGCUGGGAUCUGGCAAUCAGUUCUAUAAGCCAGGCUUCAAUGAUGGCAGCUUUAGAAGUCAGCAAAGAAAACAGGAGCCAUAUAAAAAAUUUAAAGAAGAUUCCAGAUUUACAAGAGGUGAAAGUCAACCCCAUAAUAAAAUACCAAACAAACAGAAUUUUGCAGGUGUGAAUAAGCACAAUGUCAAACUUCUGAAGAGAAAUGAAAGUGUGCCUGUAAUUCAAAAGGCUGCAAGUGAUAGUCCCUGUACAAGUGGAAAGAAGGACAGUGAACUUGAAAGCCUUUUAGCUUCUUUGAAAAUUUCCAAAGAAAAUGAAGUGCAGACUUCUUCCAAGGAAGCAAGAGCUACAAAUGAAGAACAUUUAUCACCGCAAUCAUUUGCAAUGAAAGGAACACAGAUGCUCAAGGAAAUUUUGAAGAUAGACGGCUCUGACCUGGAAACAAGGAAUGAAGCGAAAUCCCACGUUAACGAUGUUCCUGCUUCCCCUGGUAGACAGGAUUGCCAUGGAGCUGCAUUGCAGUAUAGACAAACAAAAAAAAUGGCUGCUUAUAUGAACAAUCCUCAUAGCACUGGAGGCCCUCAGAGUACACCAGCAUUGGGAACUGGAGGUCACCCUUUUGUUGGUCCACAGCCUACGUUGUCUACUCCUGUUUCUGAACUUUCUCGUAUUUGUUCUCUUGUUGGAAUGUCACAACCUGAUUUCUCUUUCAUAAAAACACCACAGACUAUGACCGUUUGUCACAUAAAAUUAUCCAAUGGAUUGUUGGUUCAUGGACCACAGUGUCAUUCUGAAGCUGAAGCAAAGGAGAAAGCUGCACUUUCUGCUUUACAGCGUUUGAGCUCUGUAGGAGUUAACUUGCCUUUUCCUCCACCGGUGUUUCCAAAUUAUCAGCCACUAGGAGUUCCUGUGCCACCUGGAUCUCUUCCUCCAGUCUUUUCACAGCCCCCUGCUAAUAUAAUGCCUCCAUCAUCUCACAUGUUUGGUCCAGUGUCCUGGGGAACGCCAGUGCCUAUUCAUGGCAAACACUAUUAUCCUGGUUCCUAUCCAGGAAAUGUGUCUCUUGCAGGAACUAUACCAGUUGGUUCUCACAACCAGUUCAUACCUCUACAGGUAACUAAAAAAAGGGCUGCUAGCAAGAAAAACUUUGAGUUCAAGGAGUUUCAGAGUUCCCCUCAAGCUGCACCACUAAAGAAUGAACAGCCAGUGUCUUCUGACCACAUUCAGCAAGAUAGUUCUUCAGCUCCUUUAAAAUCUCCUCAAGCUGCUCAGUCUACUGUUUCAUUUCAAGACAAUGCGGCUACUCCAAGCGUUCCUCGUAACAAAUCAGCACCAAAUACUUCCAGCAAGCGAAAGCCAAGAAAGUUGGCUGUCAAUUUUGGCACACCAAAAUCUGCAGAAUAAAUAUGGUAGCUAGGUGUAUUUUAUUUUUAACUCUUCCCCCAAUGUUAUAUCCUUUAAAAAAAUCAGAAAGCUCUACUAAAAAGACCAGCCACUUUAAGUAUAAUAUAGAAUGAAAUACAUUUUAUUCGCUAUGAAUUUCAGAUUGUUAUAAAAAUUGAAAAUGACAUAAAACUUAAUUAUUUUGGCUUAAAUUAGCAGGAAAUGCUGAGUUAAGGUUACCAUGCCAUUCAUUGUGCCUAGGUUUCUGAGCAGUGGCUUACUGACUAUACCGGGUAAGCAGCAAUAACAGUGGCAACCUUAAUUCAGAAUUGCUGUGCUUUUUGAGUGGGAUAUGGAGCAGUAAUAAGUUGGGCAUCAAAUAUUGCUUAGCAUGACGUUUUGUGUUCUAGCUUAUUUUUAAAUAAUGAAACAAGACAGAAAGGAAAAAAAUAUUUAAAUGCAGUUUUUAUAUUGGCUUUCCAGGUCCUUUUGAGAUGAAUCAGUAUAACUAAAACUUAACUACAGUUAAAACUGCCAAAUUUGCUUCAAUUAUGAACUAGUGGAUUUUUUGCCAGAAGGAAACAACUUUAUAACUUUCAAAAAUGGGUAUUGCUAUAUCUCUGAUGGUACAGAGUGGCAAGAUGUGCUUGCUGAUGGAGAAUCCAUUCUAAGAGAUCAAUUUAUAGGAUGCAUUGAAUAAAAAUACAUUUACGAAGUAGAGACCUCUUUGGUAAAGUUUUUGUUUUCGUUUGUUUGUUUUAAAGCUAGAAGCAUUAAAUUUCUUUGUUUUCUGGUGAUAAAGCAACAUGGAUAUCCACUACGGUUUGCAUAGUCCCCUAAAAUGCCAGUGAUAUCCUGGAAUUUUCUACAUCAUAAAAUCAAGUUUAAAGAUGUCUGUCUGUGUAGUAUGGCUGUCAAAAUUAUGCUUACUGAGUCCACUUUUCCCUCCAGUAGCGUGUGCCCUGAAACUUUCUCUACAGUAUGUUACUUUUAUGGCUAGGUGACUUUUAGUAUUUAUUUUGGGGUUUGUGAUAGAAGUUCUGUGUAGCAAAGUUGUCGUUACGUUAUUAUAAGCUAUUACUGUUAGUUCAAUAAGAAUAUUUAUACAAAGUUGACUUGUAUUUUUGGAGGGAGCUAUGUUGUAGGAAGUAAUUACAUCAUACUUAGCUCAUGUACAGAAAGAGAAGGCUUAAAGGUAUCUACCUGUUGAUUUUUUUUGCCCACAUGCACUGAUCUUACUCAUAUUAAUGAUAACUCUUCAGUCUAAGAAUUUGAAGCCUUGGUUGGUGCUAUUCAUUGGCAUUGAUUAAAUUUCUUUUUUUCUUCUUUAUUCUAAUUAUUCAAGAAAAAAAUAUUUUUCCUCUGAAAAUAGAAAGCUGAGAAAUAAAUUACCCUUUAGUGAUUUAUUUUGUUGUCUCCCAAGCAGUUUUCGUGGUGGAUCUGCAGGUCUGUAGACUUGCUUUUCAACGCUAUUAGAAUCAAGUUUCGCAUCAUUGUCUUUUUUUGUGAUUUUUCUUGAUACUACUUUCUCCAAAAUAAUAGCAUUAAAUCCUAUUAAAAGUCUAAGAGAGGUAGAAAUGUUUUGUUUUAGUAUCACAAACCGUGUAGAAUAGUCUACAUUCAGUCUUAAAAAUACAUUGAUUUUUGUUGUUUUCUUUAUAUUCACUUAGUUUCAAAAACUUAUAAAGCCACAUUCCAUGAAGGGAAAGUGACACAUGUUGGUGAUUUAUUGUCAUUUGCAGUGUGAUACUCACAGGAUGUUUUCAUGCCAAUAUUUCAAAACUGUUUGUAUGAAAUUCUGUGAGACAAAGAUAUCAGUCUCCCGUGUCCUAUAUGCAUUACCUGAUCAUCAGAGACAAGGUCUUUUUUGAAAUCUCUGUGAUAGAGAUUAAACUGCCUUAGAUUCUUGCAUCACCUGAUCUCCCAGAUUGUAGUCUCCUUUAAACUUUACCACAGGUGUCAUCGCGAAAGACUUAAACAGAUGUGAUUGGUCAGAAUUUUGUCAUUUCAGCUGAAAUUCUGUAUUUCCAUAAAAUUACCCAAUUUUUUAUCUGGAUAGCCAAUUGAUGCAGUUUAAAAAAUAUGUAUUAAGGACGCUAUACUGCUAUCACCAGUAAACACAGCAGUUUUUAUUAUUAAUCACUUCUCAUUUCUAGACUUCACCCCUCUCCACUGAAAACAUUGCUAUAUUUAAUCUAUGUAGCUGGUCAAACACUUAAUUCUGUAGCUGCCGCAUAUCGUAUUAGACUCUGGGUUUUAGUAUAUAUAUUUAUAUUCUGUGAUACUGCCUGGUGCCCAGUUAAUUACAGUUUUACAUGUCCUGGUACGUGUGACAUCUGCAUUGACCUACGCCAUCUCCCAGUGACUUCAGUUUCAUAUUUUAAUGAGGUGAUUGUUUAAUUCAUACAGGUAUAAAUUUCAACCUUUGUUUUUCUCAUAGAUAUAAAGUAUUUUGUAAGCACUGGAAUUUUUCAUUAGAUCUUAUACAGAGCAGUAUUUUACUAAAAAUCAAAAAGGGAAGACUUUUAUGUGCGCAUUUUUGUAGUUUCUGAUUUUUUUAAGAUAACUUUUCAUUGUUUAUCUGCCAAGUGAAAUGUUUUAAAUUUGCAUAUGAAUGGAUACAGAAUGUAUUUUUUGUGCUGUUUAGUGUUAGUGUGCAUUUGCAGAUUUUUAGCAUGUACUUGCACAAAAGGCUGUGCAAAGAUAUUUUAAAAUAUGAAUAUAUGAUACACUGAAGGAAAACCAUUAAUAAGAGUCAAAUGCUAUAAAAAACUUUAAUGCAAUAGAAUAAUUUUAUAAAUUGUGUCUGUGUCUGUUUGGAUUAAAUAUUGAAACCAAAAAACCAUAUUUUCACUGUUUUAUUUUCAAAUACUAUGUGGGAACUUCUGUAUGCUCCGAAUGGAAAUUUUACGAUACAAAUUCAAUCUCAUGAAGACCUGUUCUGUCAUUCACUUAAAGAUUGGAAUCGUGUUUAAACGGCUGUUGGUUUGAAAUCAAAAGCAUUUAACUAGAUGGUGAUCUUCUGAAAUUUCUUUGGCAUCUGUGCCUUGUUAGAUUAUAUUAAAAAAAAAAUCUAAUGAAUGCUUUGCAGCAAGUUCAGUCCUACUAAUUCUUGUCAAGGUGCAAAAGUAGCUGUCAGCUGAAGAACAGGAGAAGCCAUGGAUACCUGGAAGUACUUGAUAACUGAACUCUGCCUUUUUCUGUACCUGGAACAAAAUACUAUGCUGAUAUUUCUGGUAGAGCAGAGUAAGUUUAGGUACCUUGUUUGUAACAAGGCUUCGAAAUGAAGCAUAUUGGUGAACUGCACUAAAAUAAUGUCAUGUGAUUAUAUUUGUCAAGAAAGAAAUUGCGAAGUAUGUUUCAUAAUUAGAUUUCCUCGCCCAUAAUAAUAGCAGAUUUCUGAAACUCAGAACUGCCAAAUUAAGUCAUGAGAUAUUAUUUUAGAGGGUAAAUAAAUCUGACUUUGUAUAGAAUGUAUAUAAAAUAUGCUGAAUGUCAUUUUUUUCUCUAAGAGUAUGUUCAAACUUGUUCCCUUGUAAUGCAUAAUGAACACUGUAGUCUGUAGCCGUGCUUAUUAAUUUUUAGUACCUUUGGUUGGGACAUACAAACUUUGUUAGGAUCUGUCUUUUGCAGAAAUCUGAUAUUUUCCUUUUUACGGGUGAUUAUGUGAAUUAGCAUGAUUAAAAUGACUGGUAUAAAGAUUGGAGCAUACUCAUAACAUGACCAGCUAUUUAAUUUAGUGUAACUAUAUUCUGUGCAGAACUGCAGUCAAGUCUUGGUACAUUCAGGUCACAUUAUUCAACAUGAAGAUGCCAGGAUAUGAUCUUCCAUUUCUUAGCCUGUCUGCAGAUUAGUCAAUGGACUGUAGGUACUUCAGGUGUCCUAUAUGGCAGUUUCUGCCUUGUCCUGUCUCAAUACACAGCACUAAAGAAAAUGAACUUAAGUAAAGGGAUAACUUUAAAACAUGUUGGUUUGUGCAUAAUAAAUCUUGCAUAGCCAUUCCUGUUCAAAAAUUAAGUUACUCUUGUUCAAUUUAGUUUAGUUCAUUUGAAUUACUGUGCAGAUGAUGCCUAAGAGUGAAGAAACUCAAAUCUAGGACUGGUUACUUCCAGUAAGGGGGGGUCUCUUCCCUCCCCUCUUUUGAGAAGUGAUCUGCAUAGAUGUUCCAUAAUUGGCCUUCCUUACUAUGGAGAAAGUUAUGUUCUUCUCUUUCUGUCUCUGGAGAAGAGACACAGUGACAUCACGGGCACAGAGGCAGGUUGAGUACACAUUUUGGCCCAAAGAAUCCAAAUUUAGGUGCAUGAGGAUCCAUGAAUAUUGAGACUGUAACCACUACGUAUUUGGAGGAAUCAGAUAUCAAGAGGUAAGUAGCUGUUGAUUAUUAACAAAAAAAUCCAUUGUUCCAACAGAGGUUCCUUAUUACUGCUGAUAUUUACGUACUUAUCUGUGAUUACAAAAUGUCCUGUUUUAUUUCUGCUUUGAAGGAUAAUACAAAUGAAAAAGAACAGAGGUAGUCCGCAGGUCAAGUGUAAACAGUAAACCUAUCAUUUUUAAGGACAAAGAAAGCAUUUUUCAUUAAAACUAAUUAUUUUUUUCUGAUAAUAUUUGAUCAGUGAUCAUUAAUGCAUCAGCAUUGCUUUAUGAAAGUUGUUAAUGACCCUUAGUCCUCUGUUUUUUUGUAUCAGAAAGACCAGGGCUGGCAAUCCAAAGCCAGCAUGUAAUUAAUACCUGUGCCAGUAGUGGCAAUAAAAUUCAGUCAAAAACUUUGGGGUUACAGGGUGAAGAACAACUGUGAUUCCAGUGCAAGUGAGGGCAAAUGGAGAACUACUGGAACUUCUGUGUUUGCUGAACCUAUACUGAGAUAGUUCCAGAUUUUUGUGGGUUUUGUUUUUUUCUUUUUUUUUUUUUUUUUUUAGCUUCCUCCUGCUUUAUUUAUUUAUUUGUUUGCUUUAAAGUGGCAUGGUCAUACUGAAGCAAUACCUAAGGACGUCUUCAUCCCUCUAGCCUCCAGCAUACCCAUUCUCUUGUCCUUAAGCUUCACUGAUGGUCAUUUCCCUCUUUCUUUUUAGUCUUUCCUUCGCAUUUCCAAACUUUGAAAUCAUUGUUCUUUUAAACAGCUGUUCAGCCCUGGACUUUCCAUGUUCAUUACUCAUAGAUACAGAAAUAGAAACGGUGCAUACACACAACAUCAUUUCCUUUGUUUUUCAAAGCUGUUUGUAGUCUUUUAAUAGACAUGCAGAGGAUGACAGACAUUGUCUUGUAUAUACAUGUAGCACGUGCCCAAACAUGGACAUUACUUGCAUAGGUUUAAAAGCAUGGGCAAAUAAAGGAAUGUUAGCAAGUAUACCACUUCUCAUUUCACUUGCUUUGCUAAAUAAAUUAUUUUAAGACAUGAGUGAAUUAAAACUUUGUCCUAAGAUCUACCUUAGUCUCUGUCAAAGGUUUCUUAUGGUGGAGAGCUUACGGAAAGGAAGGAUUGCUUGUGUCCCAGGCACUUUAUUGCAAACCUUUAUGUAUGUGGGCAGUUAUGAUGCCUUAUGCCUUAUGAGUUCUGUAGUGAAAAUGCUGGCUGUACCAGCUUCAUGUGACUUGUUCCCACUUGACUGUGCCAAACUCUUUGUAUUGAUGCAUUAUGAAUCAUAUCAAGAAAUUCAUCUGAUUGAAAUUUUCCCUCAUGUUAUUUUUCAGCUCGAUCAGCUCGCUGAGGAGCCACAGGAACAGCUGUGUUGGUACAACAGUUGGUGGUGUGAGGGCAGGAUUACUUAGCAAGAGUGGACCUGCUUAAGAAACAUCCCAUCACUGCCUAAACUCACUUGCGAAGCUCAAAUGCUAGGUUAGCUGAUGUGGUGGUGUCUCUUGACUUCAAGAAGAGUGGUAAAUUCUGGCAGGAGGACAGGAGGAACUACCAAGAACCAUCGUCUGGUAAAUUAUUGAAGUAAAAUUUGCCAAAAGUU